UUUGCCUACGCGUUGACGUCACGGGUGACGUUAAAAGGUGGGCGUGUCGGAAGCGUGCCACUUCCGCAACAUGGAGGCUGUGUUGAGCGACGUUGUGGCUCCCGAGGACCUGCUAAAAUUUGAGAAGAAAUACAACAAUGAGCUAGCGAAGGGAGCCGUGUCCAAGGAGACCAGGUUUGAAUACGCUUGGUGUCUGAUCCGGAGCAAAUACACCGACGACAUCAAGAAAGGAAUUGCGUUGUUGGAGGAACUUGUCCAGAAAGCCUCCAAGGAUGACACGCGCGACUUCUUCUUCUACCUUGCCGUGGCCAACUACCGUCUCAAGGAGUACGAAGAAGCCCUGAAGUACAUCGUCCUCCUGAAGAACGAGCCCGGCAACAAGCAGGCCUUGGAGUUGCAGGCGCUCAUCGACAAGGCUUUGAAAAAAGAUGGCUUGGUCGGCAUGGCGAUCGUGGGGGGAAUCAGCCUGGGCGUGGCCGGGUUAGCCGGGCUCAUCGGCCUGGCCGUGGCAAAGCGAGGGCCCAAAUAUUAACCGACCGGAACGUUUUUUUUUUUUUUGCUGGGCAGGUCCAUUGACGUAUUAUCUUUUGCAUUGCCGUUGACCAUUCAUCCUCAGCUGCCACCUGUGUACAUAACAAAAAAAGAAUCAAAACAAAGCUUGUAUUUAUAUUCCAAUUUGUUCUAAUGCUAAUCUCCUGAGAAGGGAAUGUUCUGUCAAAUGUCCCCAAUUUAAUAGCUUGUUUUUUCCCUGAUCAUCAAUAAAAAAAAAAAAACAAAAAAAAA